GAGAGAAAUGGCAAGCUGCCAAACCGGCUGCCAAGUGCCAAACUGCCAACAUCGUCACUCGUGAGCGAUGAAUGGAGAGUGAGUAAACGACGUUCAACUUCACCGUUCAGAGAAAAACCAGAGCAGACGGAACCGGAGUUGGGGAAGAUCGCACGUGUAAAAUUCGCGCGAAGUUCGACCGGACACAAGCAAGUUCCUUCAGUCGGCGAAUAUUGUGAACUCGUGAGACAGUGAUCAGUGAGUGAGUAUAGCAGCUUCUGGAUUAGUAUACUAUACUAGUACUAGUAGUAUAGACACGUCUAGCUGCACUGCAAAAUCAGGCCCCCCUAAAAAAACACCCACCGUCAUGUACAACUGGGGCAGCAGAACGGGGAUGUCCGCCGUCGACCAGAUCCUUUCUCACAUGCUCAGCCGAGCUACCGUUGACGAUGUCGUCGUCGACGACGACAGCAACGAUGCCGACGCGCUGAGGAUUUGGCAACAGAGGGCGUCGCACGCGAAAACCCAAUACCCUGCGCAGCAGAGCCAGGGCAACCAGCGGGACCUGGCGGCGAGAAGGUUGCGAUCGCGAGGCCCCCUCUGGUGGGACCGCUACCUCCAGGGCUUCGUCAACGCAGAAAGAAGCGGAGAGGAAGUGGGCGUGGCUUUGGGUGACGGUGGCGACUCCGUGGGGAAGCAGGGAUGCCAGCAAGUAGCGGAUCCGGCGGCAGCGAUGCAGUACGGCGUGGCAUUGGGACCCGUUGUGCUGCGUGGAAGUGACAUAGGAGACAUCCCAACCGAGUACAGGGUGACGGACCUCCGAAAAGGGGAGCAGCCAGUGAUCGGUACGUACGUCGACCCUCGCAUCACGCCCGGAUUCCGCUAUCGCGUCCGCUGCCUCGGCGGCGCCCUCUGGCAGUUCGACGGUGAACCACGUCUCCUGACACAUGUCGGCUGCGGCUACGGCAAGCGCCUCUCCUUCGGUUGCCGCGGCGACGUCGAGCGUUUCUACAGUGACAACGCCACCGCCGGUUACGCGUUUGUCGUCUGCUGCCUGCGCCGCGGCGACGCGUUCACCGUGCACGACGAGGUCGGGCGCGCCGUCGCCGCGGCGACCGUCGUCGACGGCGACGCCGUGGGGCAGACGGAGGAGGUGUCAUGCUUCGCGGACGCGGAGAGAGUCGAGAAGAGGGUCGAGGUGUCGUUCUCGUGCGACCUCUCGUUCGCGGCGCCGCGCGGACGCCUGCGUCCCCUGUACGCGGACGCGCACGCGAUUCCGCUGCGAGGUGUCGCCACCGUCGUGAAGACAGCGCGGGAGGCCUGCGUCGUCUCCGUCACCGGCGUCGUCGUCCCGUUGCUAGGACGAUGCUUCCUGCUGCGAGAGUGA